AUGUCGUCCACACUGCUCUUCAGUCUCCUUCAAGAUGCCAAAUUCCAUUUUGGAUGUCCUAAUCAAAAUCAGUUUUUGUUCCAAAACAGGAAGCAAAGAAAAAACCACACCAGCAAACUCCAUGAGUUGGCAUUGCUGCUACCCUUGGCCCCAAAGACCUAUAGCAAGAAGCUUACUAAGAAGGAGAUUCUGCUGCACAUCCUGCACUACAUUCAAUACCUCCAGAGAAACAUCGAUGUGGCCGAGGCCUUGCUCAAAUUCCACACCACCAAUGGGGAAGGUGGGGCAGGAGGGCUGGGCCGGAACGCCACUGUGGGCUCAGCAAGGCGGAGACAUCUCACCCCAUCUAGCUCCCCACACUGUUGUAAGUCCUGUCUUUGGGAAGCCUGUCAGAAACCUAGGAAGAAGAAGCUGACCGGAGCAUCAGAACGCCAGACCCGGGCCCAGAACCCUUGCCGCUGUCUGGCUCUGGACAAGCCCCAGAAGCAGGUGACCCCAUCCCCAGACCAGAAGGGAGGAAACGUGGAAGGGACCACCUCUCCUCCAGGAUGCCUUGACUCCUACAUUCACCCCAAGGCUGCAUCAUCCUUGCCUCAAAGUGACAGAAUUGGAGGAAGAUCGUGGCUGCCAUCGCUGGAUGUGGCUAAGAACAGCGUCUACUGUGACAUCUCAAGCUGCUGUUGCAAAAACAAUGCCCAAGAUUAUGGGUCUUACCCUGCCUUUGGGGUCCAGCAAGAGGCUGAGAGGACCUAUUUUCUCAACAGAACACAGCCCCAUCCCAGGCACAAGCUGGUGUUCUACGAUUCUGACGAGGAGCUGGACAAGGAGGCCCCAGACGCUGACCCUUGGCUUCCUGCCUGGACCCCAGAGGGCAGUCCCCAUGGGAGCCCACGGGCCUUGGGGCCUCCCCAGAUUGACAAGUGGGGUGUGACAAGCCACCUCAGCAAGAUCCUAGGCCUCAGCCCCUCCCUCUUCAGCUCCCCGGGGAAACUGUUGUCAGAACAGGUCCUGGAGGAUGGCGGCGAGUACCUGACCCAAGCUCUCUUCAAAGAAGUUUUCUUAGAUCCUGUGUCUUCACCUUCUGCCUGCAUGCUGGAGGUACCACAGAAGGACACACCCGCUGAGGCCCCUGAAGACCUUCCUGACUCCCACAGCCUGUGCCAGUCCUCAGUGUCACUGGAUCAUCUCUCGCUGAGUGAGGACAGCAAGGCGUCAUCCAGCCCCAGCUAUGAGGACACAGACACCGACACGGACACAGAGUUGGGAUGGAGGCAGCAGGACACGCAGGCUGACACUGAGGGCCCCAAGUCCACGAGCGAUGAGGAUGGAGACUACACGUGGACCCCUACCCAGCAGGUCUCGACCCUGCCCUCAGCCAGGAGGAAAUCCAGGAAGGGCCGGGCAGGCGGGGGCCCUGUGAAGGCCAAGAAGAACAAGAAGGCCUCCUGCCCCACUCAGACGAAGAAAAAGUGUGUCAAUGGCUUCAUCAUGUUCUGCAGGAUGAACCGGAAGCUGUACAUCCGAGCCUGCCCCGGGACUGCAUCCACGGCUGCCACCAAACAGCUGGCCCAGCUGUGGCGGGAGAUGACAGAGCAGGAGCGGAAACCAUAUAGCAUCAAAGCUCGGAGGUUCAGCCGCCAGCACAACCGGAUUGUGAAGCGGGAGAACUCCAGCAGCGAGGACGAGGACUGGGGGGUGCCCAAGCCCUUCUAUCAGUUGCUGGCGGACCGGGCCUGUGGUUCCUCAGAGCUGGCCUCUCUGCUGCCUUCUCACCACAAAUGA